AUGGCUGAAACGGGUGAGAUGGCUGAAGCUGCGCUUCUGUCCAGUGAAACUGACAGCGAGUCAUCUGCCGACUCCCUGGGCCAGUGGACGACGCUCACUGCACGCCCACCAUUUGCUGUUGCUCGCAAGAUGUGCGGGGCUGCGUUGAGUUUUCGCAGGGCUCUUUUGGUUGUGUUCACUUUGGUCCAGAUCUUUGCAAUCUUGACGUUAUACCCCGAGUUGCAUGAUGAAUGGUUCACAUGGGCCCUGGUCGGACUUCUAGUGAGCCUGGUGAUCUUCAACGUGUUGGAGACGUUGUUUUCCUUCGAUCUUGGUGGCCCGAGGCGGUGGCUUGUGGGGCUUAUCUUGAACGCAGCGAUUCUGGUCCCAUACGCCACUCUCUCGUUCAGGUGUGCAGUUGGAAUUUUGGCAGCGGUAUCGACGCUUGUAUGUGUGCAGCAAGUGGUGGGGCGCUUCGUAAUGCAUCGCCCUGGCAAAAAUCAGUCCUUCGUGGUAACUACGUGCUACCAAGACAUUGAGAAGCCCUUCAUGAGCAAGGCUUGUCCCGUUUUCGUCUGCCAAGUGCUCCUGUUUAAUUUCGCACUGUUGGACAUGAGCGAUCGGUUUGCAGCGAAACCUCGUGAGCGUGCGCGAAUUGUCGAAGUGGUGGGCUACCUCUUGUGGCCAGCCUCAGGCAUGAGCCUUGAAGAGCGACAUCGCGUUGGGGGGAUUCUGAGGGAAGGGUUCUCGCUGACCGGCCAGCAGUGGGUCUUCUGGUUGGCGGCCAGGGUGAUUCAGGAGGUAGCCGACCUCACGCAGUACGGCAGCGAAGACAUGCUGGAGGAAUUCCCAUUCUUCAUGUUUCUGUGGCGGCUGCGGGCCGGUGCACGGCUGCAGAUUGACAAUGGCGAGGUGUGUGAAGUUCCCUCCAAAGCAAGACUUGGUUUUCGCAUGUUCGCAUCUUGGACAACCAACUGCUUCAUUCGAGAGUUUUUGCACUACCUCCUGCCGGUGCUACUGAUGAAUGCAGACUGCUACUUGGACUUCAUUAAGGAUGCUUUUGCCAUCGCAUUCGUGGUGGGCCUUGACAACCUGGGCACUGAGAAGACCUUCACAAAGCUGGCGGAUGACGAUGAGUUGCACGACUGUUAG